UCUUCCUCAGAAUCUCCAACCAUUCAACACUCUCCUCUCCUCCACCACACCCAAUUAACCCACCGGAACCAUGUCAAUUGUCCCAAACAAUGGCCAGCAAGGCAGGUUCAGUGAUCCAUUCUCCCUAGACUUAUGGGAACUAUUCAACGACUUCGAUGUAUUAAACCCAUUCUCCCAUGGUUUCCCUUUCCCUUCAUUUCUUUCCACCGGUUUCUCCGAGAUUUUCCCAUACGUUGGGAUUCAACUCAACUGUGUGGAAACCCCAAGGGCCCAUGUUUACAAAGUCUACCUUCCAGGGGUAAGCAGAGAUGAAAUCAUAGUUUUCAUCGAUGAUGAUAGGAUGCUUCAGAUAAGCACCGAGGAUGGGAACUUCAUGAGCAGGUUCAAGCUGCCUGAUAAUGCGAGGACGGAUGAGAUUCAGGGUUUUAUGGAGAACGGGAUGCUCGUUGUCACUAUAGGGAAAGAUGUUGAAGCUGCACAGAGGCCAAAUGUUAGGGUCGUCGAAAUCACUGAAUAAUGUUUUAGUCUCUUGUUUUUAUGGUUGUUUGUUGUUCUUUGUGUGUCGAAAGCUGCAGAAGUUUACUUGGUUUCUUGUACUGAAACAGUGUUUGAGUAGUAAUAAAAGUGGGCGCUUUAUGUUUC